AAAAUAUGUUUUAUGCUUUUUCAUCCUCCACUUUCCUUUACACUUUCCCUUUUCUCAUUUCUCAAAUCUGAUAAAACUCUCAUUUUUCUUGACUCUCCGUUUACUUCAAUUCCUCUCUGAAAUUAAUUUUUUUCUUCUUCUAUGGCUUCUCCUGUGGAAGAAGGUGAGAGAGAUGUCGAGAAAGGACUGAUUACUCCAACCCCAAGCCAUAACCCUCUAGCUGAGCCAUCACCAACCCCAUCUCCAUCUUCCGCAACAGCACCAGCUCUGGUGCUUUCCAAUUCUGGCAAGAGAAUGGACCAAGCAGGGAAAAAGAAAUAUGUAAAACAGGUUACGGGAAGGCACAAUGACACCGAGCUUCAUUUAGCAGCUCAGAAAGGUGAUUUAGCAGCAGUGAAGCAGAUACUUAAUGACAUUGAUACUCAAAUGGUUGGGACGCUGAGUGGCGAUGACUUUAAUCAAGAGGUCGCAGAGAUCAGAGCAUCUGUAGUGAAUGAAGUGAAUGAAUUAGGAGAGACAGCACUCUUUACAGCAGCAGCGAAGGGAUAUAUUGAGGUGUUGAAAGAAUUAUUAAAGUACUGCAACAAGGAUACUCUUACUAAGAAGAAUCGGUCAGGAUUUGAUCCUUUGCAUAUAGCUGCAAGUCAAGGACACCAUGGAAUCGUCCAAUUGCUUUUAGAGCAUGAUACCGGACUAAGUAAAACAUUUGGCCCUUCAAAUGCAACCCCUCUUAUAACUGCUGCCUCAAGAGGACAUAUUGCAGUGGUCAAUGAACUGCUGUCAAAGGAUUGCACCUUACUGGAAAUUUCUAGGUCCAAUGGUAAAAAUGCAUUACAUUUAGCUGCCAGACAAGGGCACGUGGAAAUUGUAAAGGCUUUGCUUGACAGAGAUCCACAAUUGGCCAGGAGGACGGAUAAGAAAGGACAAACUGCAUUGCAUAUGGCUGUAAAGGGAAUCAGUUGUGACGUGGUGAUAUUGCUUCUCGAGGCUGAUGCUGCUAUAGUUAUGCUUCCAGACAAGUUUGGCAACACAGCAUUACACAUAGCUACCCGGAAAAAACGCGCUGAGAUAGUAAGAGAGUUGCUACGCCUGCCUGAUAGUAAUGUUAAUGCACUGAACAGAGAUCACAAAACAGCUCUUGACAUAGCUGAAGAUCUUCCACUCUCUGAAGAAUCCUCAGAUAUAAAGGAGUGUUUAUACAAAUAUGGAGCUGUUAGAGCUAAUGAAUUGAACCAACCAAGGGAUGAGUUGAGGAAAACUGUCAGUCAGAUCAAGAAAGAUAUUCACACACAGCUUGAACAAACUAAGAGGACAAAUAAAAAUGUCCACGGAAUUGCUAAAGAGCUUAGAAAGCUCCAUCGAGAAGGGAUUAAUAAUGCAACGAAUUCUGUGACUGUUGUUGCUGUUCUCUUUGCCACAGUUGCCUUUGCUGCUAUUUUUACUGUGCCUGGAGGUGAUGAUAAUCAUGGAGUGGCUGUGGUUGUGAGCACUGCUUCUUUUAAGAUCUUCUUCAUCUUCAACGCCCUUGCUCUUUUUACAUCUCUUGCUGUUGUCGUAGUUCAGAUUACAUUGGUUAGAGGAGAAACUAAGGCAGAAAGAAGAGUUGUCGAGGUGAUUAACAAAUUGAUGUGGUUGGCUUCUGUCUGCACUUCAGUGGCAUUUAUGGCAUCCUCUUAUAUAGUAGUCGGUCGCAAGUAUGAAUGGGCUGCAAUAUUGGUAACUGCAGUAGGGGGAAUAAUAAUGGCGGGGGUUCUUGGAACCAUGACUUACUAUGUGGUAAGAUCAAGGAAGAAAAGAUCGAUAAGGAAGAAGGAAAAACAUGCUAGAAGUGGUUCCAACUCAUGGUACCACUCUGAGUUCUCUAAUUCUGACAUCGACAGGAUUUACGCCCUUUGAUGAGGAAAUGGAGUUGUUCCAGUGUUAUAUGUAGUGAAACACGAAUUCUGGAGAGACCGAUGAACACCAACUCAUAUCCUUCCAUCCUAUCCCUGCAUCUGGAGGAACUGCAAGUUUCAAAUGAAGAUGUUUGAUCUGUUCAUAUUUGGAAGGGAGGUUCCAUUUUACGUGUAUCAUCGUGUCAACCAAUAAGACUUCUGUCCCGAGCCAGAACAAUGGCGAUCAUGUAUAAUUCUAAGCUAAACUCAUGGUACUGUAGAUUGUAAUUUUUGGCAUUGGGAUCUAUAUAUUCCCAUUGAUCUAGAAUGGGAAAAGAUUAUGUAUCAUCA